UUCCAGCUUUUAUGCCACUCUCACUCCUGUCCAAGAAAGAAAAUAUGGCCACCCACCACCCUCUGGACCUCGACCCCACCGCCACCGCCAACGACUUGCUCGCGUCCUCCCCACGAUCCGAGCACCACCACCCCCACGAUCUCCACCUGCUCGUCCGCUUCAUGUGCAGCUUCGGCGGCAAGAUCCUCCCCCGCCCGCACGACAAUCUGCUUCGCUACGUUGGCGGCGACACCCGGAUCAUCGCCGUCCAGCGCGCCACCACCUUCAACGCUCUCCUCAACAAGCUCUCCAAGCUCUCAGGUACGACGAACUUCACAGUGAAGUACCAGCUUCCCAAUGAAGAUCUGGACGCCUUGAUUUCGGUGACGACGGACGAGGAUGUAGAGAACAUGAUGGAAGAGUACGAUCGCGUCGCCCACAAUCACAACCCGCGGUCGGCUCGGCUCCGGCUCUUCCUCUUCAACAAAGGCGACGAGUCUCGAGCCAGCAGCAUCGGCUCGCUCCUCGACGGCUCGUCGAACCGCGACCAGUGGUUCCUGGACGCCCUCAACGGUGGCGGCUCGCCUCCUGGCCUGGGUCUCGAGCGCCUCCGCUCUGAGACCUCUUCGAUUCUCUCGGAAGUCCCGGACUACUUGUUUGGGCUGGAAACUUCGGAGGACAACCAGCCCCGCGAGCCCAAAUGGAAGGCCCGGAGCAGUUUUCCCGAUUCCGUCUCAAUUUCGGACCCCGGUUCGCCCGCCCCGGUCCCCAAUUCGCCGUAUUGCUCGACCUCCUCAGCGUGCGUGCCAUCCAUGCCGGACCUUCCUCCGGUGAAGACAAAGCCCGAGAAUCCGGUUCCCAAAUCCGAUCCGCAGGAGAGUCAGAGUAUCGCCGAGACGGGCGAAACCAUAGUCGUGCAGCCAGGCGGGUAUCCAGGCAAUCCCGCGGGUUACUACGCCCCGGUUUCUCACUAUUCCGGGCCUCCGAUGCAGCCUAUGCCCUUCUAUUACAUCCGGAGCCCCAUGCCUCCCAGUAACAUGUCGGUCCCGCCCAUUAUGGGCCCAGGACCUUAUGUCCAGCAGUACCCCGCUUCAGCGGGUCAAGUACCCAUCGGCUACCAUCAGCCCGCCCCGAGCCCGGGUCAGGUGUUCGGCGGAGUGGUGAGGUCCGUGGUUGCUGAUGGCAUGAGCCACCAGGUAUACUACGGGGUAACCAAUGGAGGCAUGGUGCCGACGUAUCCGCCGGGUACGGUGGUUCCGGGUCCGGGCGGAGAAGAUGUUCAAGCAGUUGCAGCGGAGGCAAAGCCGGGUCGGAUCUCCCAGCAAUCAUGACACGGAAUUAUUGGGUAGAGAAUAUUAUUAAUUUUUUUUUUUUUUGGAGGAGGGGCUUUUCCUUCUAUCUGAUUAUUGGGUUGCAUGUGUUUGUUGAUUGCUUUAUUGAUGAUAUGAGCUAUGGAACGCACUAUAAUCGACCCGUUGGAGGGGA